CUUCUAUCCACCUCUUAUUUAUCACUCACUUCAUUUUCUUGGUUCACCACUCAACAAAUCAACAAAACAUGGCCAAUUCUAUGCAUAUAAAUCUUGUUCUAUUCUUCACACAACUAAUUAUAUUAGUUGCAGCAAAAAUUCCAGCAGUAAUAGUGUUCGGAGAUUCAUCAGUGGAUGCUGGCAAUAACAACGUUAUUUCUACUCUUUUAAAGAGUAAUUUCCGCCCUUAUGGCCGUGAUUUUCAAGGCGGCCGCCCUACAGGGCGGUUCUGUAAUGGCCGGAUUCCUCCUGAUUUUAUUUCUCAGGCGUUUGGGCUAAAGCCGGCAAUACCGGCUUACUUAGAUCCUUCGUAUAGUAUUUCAGAUUUCGCUACCGGCGUUUGCUUUGCCUCCGCCGGAACUGGUUAUGAUAAUGCUACUUCUAAAGUCUUGAAUGUGAUUCCGUUAUGGAGGGAAAUAGAGUAUUACAGAGAUUAUCAGAACAAGCUACGAGCAUAUGUCGGAAAUGAGAAGGCGAACGAGAUAAUACGCGAAUCAUUAUAUUUAAUGAGCUUAGGAACAAAUGAUUUUCUAGAAAAUUACUACACAUUUCCGACAAGGCGAUCGCAAUUCACCGUGAAGCAAUACGAGGAUUUUCUCGUUAGAAUUGCUGGAAAUUUUAUUGCAGAACUGUACAAUCUUGGAGCUAGGAAAAUAUCGGUAACAGGAGUUCCUCCGAUGGGUUGUUUACCGUUAGAAAGGACAACGAAUUUCAUCGGCCGUCAUGAUUGUUCGGAGGAAUACAAUAAUGUAGCAUUGGAAUUUAAUGGAAAAUUGGAGGGAUUGGUCUCGGAGAUGAACAGAAAUUUUGGAGGAUUGAAAAUAUUGUUUACAAGAAAUGUUUAUGAUACUUUCUAUGAUAUCAUCAGAAGACCUGCCCUAUUUGGAUUUGAGGUGACGGGAAUGGCAUGUUGUGCAACAGGAACAUUUGAAAUGAGUUACCUCUGCAAUGAACAUUCAAUUACAUGCCCAGAUGCCAAUAAAUAUGUAUUUUGGGAUGCUUUUCAUCCUACCGAAAAAACUAACCAAAUUCUUUCUGAUAGCAUCAUUCCUAUUCUUUUAUCUCACUUCCACUAAUUAAUGUUAUAUUGUUGCAUGUGUUAUUUUAAUUAAAGGAAAAGUGUCAUUUAUACUUCUAAAAUUUAACUUUAAAAUCAAAUAAGCUUUCAACAUUUGGAAUUCAAAUAUGCCCUUAACGUCAUAAAAAGUGAACAACCUGACCCCCAAUUUAACUUAUAAAUGAGAUGCUGAGGCUUAAUUGUCGAAAUUGAAGGAUUUGGUUGUUCAUUUUUUGAAAUGUUGAGAGCAUAUUUAAACCUUUCUGGAUGUUAAGAACUUACUUGAUCUUGAAGUCAAAUUUUAAAUUCAUAAAUGAUCUUUUUUUCUUUAAUUAAUUUGCUAAUCUUUCUUGUUAUAUAUUGUACCUUUUUCUUGUUUUUAUGCAUUUGUUAAAGUUAUACAUUAGAUUUCAUCAAUAUCAAAAAGAAAAAGUUGGAUUAUUAUUUUA